UGCCCUGUGUCAAAGGCAGACGCUCAACCCCUGAGCUACCCAGGAGUCCCUAGAAUAGAAUAGUCUUAUCAGUAAAUAUACUAAAAACCUUGCUGUUGAACCGGGCGGAAAUAAAUGUUUAUACGUGUUUCAAUUACUGGGAAAUAUCUUUUUUAUUCAGUGCGAUGCAUAGAAUCUGCAAGUCCUCAAUUUUUCCAUAGUCACUGAAAAUUGAGCUGGAUAUUUAAAAAGAAUAUGGAUAUUCCCCAAAUCAUUGUAUUUUCACACCCGCUGCAAACAUACAAUUUUUCUUCCAAGUGCAAUUCAACAGUCUAACUGAGGAGAUAAUUGAACAGCUAAUUGAGGACGACGGGCAACCGCAUUUCACAAGAGCCUGAGGCAGGCCUUGGCUCGGCGGCCCGCGUACGGCGGUGCUCCAGCGCCCGCCCGGUAGCCUGCCGUUGGCGCCAACAGUGCGCAGGCGCCUUGGCCCCGGCGCCGGCCUUUGCGGAGGGGCGGGGCCUGCAGUCGGCGUCUCCUCCUGGAACUGCGGCUGGCGGCAGCGCCAUUUUGAACGUGCAGCUCCCGCAGCCGCCGGCGCGAUCGUAAGGGCGGCCGCUGGGCGAACCAGCCGUAGUCUCGGACUUCGUCCGUCCGUGGCUCGUCUGUGGGUAUAUACAGAGACGCGGCUGUAGCUCUAGAGUUGUGUCUGCUACCCGAGGUGAACCCCCAAGAUGAUGUUAAGAGGAAACCUGAAGCAAGUGCGCAUUGAGAAAAACCCGGCCCGCCUCCGAGCUCUGGAGUCCGCGGCGGGCGAGAGCGAGCCGGCGGCCGCCAUGGCGCUGGCGCUGGCGGGGGAGCCGGCGCCGCCCGCCCCUGGGCCCCCGGAGGACCACCCUGACGAGGAGAUGGGGUUCACCAUCGACAUCAAGAGCUUCCUCAAGCCGGGCGAAAAGACGUACACGCAGCGCUGCCGCCUGUUCGUGGGGAACCUGCCCACAGACAUCACGGAGGAGGAUUUCAAGAGGCUGUUCGAGCGCUACGGCGAGCCCAGCGAGGUUUUCAUUAACCGGGACCGCGGCUUCGGCUUCAUCCGCCUGGAAUCCAGGACACUGGCUGAAAUUGCAAAAGCAGAACUGGAUGGCACCAUUUUGAAGAGCAGACCUCUCCGAAUUCGUUUUGCUACACAUGGAGCAGCACUAACUGUCAAGAACCUUUCGCCGGUUGUUUCCAAUGAGCUUCUGGAGCAAGCAUUUUCCCAGUUUGGCCCUGUAGAGAAAGCCGUUGUGGUUGUGGAUGACCGUGGUAGAGCUACAGGAAAAGGUUUUGUAGAAUUUGCAGCGAAACCUCCUGCACGAAAGGCUCUGGAAAGAUGUGGUGAUGGGGCGUUCUUGCUAACAACGACACCUCGUCCAGUCAUUGUGGAGCCUAUGGAGCAGUUUGAUGAUGAAGAUGGCUUGCCAGAGAAGCUAAUGCAGAAAACUCAACAAUAUCAUAAGGAAAGAGAACAGCCGCCACGUUUUGCUCAGCCUGGGACAUUUGAAUUUGAAUAUGCAUCUCGAUGGAAGGCUCUUGAUGAAAUGGAAAAGCAGCAGCGUGAGCAGGUUGAUAGAAACAUCAGAGAAGCCAAAGAGAAACUGGAAGCAGAAAUGGAAGCAGCCAGGCACGAACACCAAUUAAUGCUAAUGAGGCAAGAUCUCAUGAGGCGUCAAGAAGAACUCAGACGCUUGGAAGAACUCAGAAACCAAGAGUUACAAAAACGGAAGCAGAUACAGUUGAGACAUGAGGAAGAGCAUCGACGCCGUGAGGAAGAAAUGAUCCGACACAGAGAACAGGAGGAACUGAGGCGACAACAAGAGGGCUUUAAGCCAAACUAUAUGGAAAAUAGAGAACAGGAAAUGAGAAUGGGUGAUAUGGGUCCCCGUGGAGCAAUAAACAUGGGAGAUGCAUUUAGCCCAGCACCUGCUGGUAACCAAGGUCCUCCUCCAAUGAUGGGUAUGAAUAUGAACAACAGAGGAACUAUACCUGGCCCACCAAUGGGUCCUGGUCCUGCCAUGGGACCAGAAGGAGCUGCAAAUAUGGGAACUCCAAUGAUGCCAGAUAAUGGAGCAGUGCACAAUGAUAGAUUUCCGCAAGGACCAUCAUCUCAGAUGGGAUCACCUAUGGGGAGUAGAACAGGUUCUGAAACCCCUCAAGCACCAAUGAGUGGUGUAGGUCCUGUUAGUGGUGGUCCUGGUGGUUUUGGUAGAGGAAGCCAAGGGGGCAACUUUGAAGGCCCUAAUAAGCGUCGUAGAUAUUAAACAUUCUUUCAUUCCUGGCUUACUUAGAGAAAAAAAAAAGUCUCUGGUAUGCCUUUAUACUUUUACUUGUUUCCUGGAAGAAAUGGUUUUAUUGUUAAUGUAUGUAGACUUUAAAGUUUUUCUUUUGUAAAACUUGAGGUUUUUGUAUUUUUCUUUAUUCAUACAUAAGCUUUGUAGAUUGGUAAUGAUGAUGCUCAUCAUUGUGAAUGUUAAAAUGUGUUUGUGACUUUAGCUAAAUAUAAGUAUGCCAUAGAACUGUGAAGUCUAUGUAGUUAAUCUCAAUAAAGAAAUCAUUUUGGAUAAUUUACAAAUGUUACUAGUAGUGUUCUCUCAUAGUUUCACUAAACAUUGCUGUAACAGUAAUACUUUGGUUGCUUUAAUUAAUCCCAGCCAUUUAAAAAUGAAAAUGAUUUUCUGCUUUUUAGUAGCACUGAAAAGAUAGAAGCUUAGUGAAAGCUAAUGUCAAUAGGGGUAGAUAGAAUAGUGCAUUGGGGAGGGGGUGUGGGAACGGGUUUACAUUUGUAAUAAACCAUUGAUGUUCUUUCUGUGAAAUCAGAGUUGCUGUCUACAUUUCAUAUAGAUUCUGAAUAUUUCAAAUAUUCUAAGAAAGAAUAUUAAGGAUAUCUUUGUCCUGUGCUGAGUUUUUCAAAUAAACCUUUUGAAUCUUGGAAAAAAACAACCUGUUUGGAGGCAAAUCUCUUUUGCUUAUAAAAUAAUGUCUAUUUUUAAUCUUUUCUACCAUUAUUUGGUGUAUCUGGAUCUUACCCUUUAAAUUUUCUUUUAAAAUCAAACAAUACAGUUAGGUUGGAUGUUAAGUGAGGUUUGGUAUGCUUUAGAAGAAAUUAGGCAUUUCCUGAGAAUGUUGUUUAUCGAAGUACUAUAGAUGGAUUAAUUCUGAGGUGUUGUAAAUAUCUUCAUAUAGUUUGGUAAGUCUCUCCAGUAAACUUGUCUGAUAGGCUAGUUGUAUUUCCAAGGAAUACAGUUUAAGUGGUGAUUUAAAGAAACAAAAACAGGGAAUUAACUUGAGAAAGGCUAAGGUCAUUGGAAUCAGAUUAGCUCCCUCUACAGUCUACGUAUUUUGAAUUUUGGUUUUCAGUAUUAGGGAGAAACAGAUUUUAUCACAUUAUAAUUGUUAUUCUGAAAGUCCUUGCUAUAUUUAAAAUUUUGUGUGUUAGCCAUAUUUAAUUUAAAAUUGCAUUUAAGGAAUUACAUAUCCACCUUAAACUACAAAUCUAAUGCAUCAGCCAUUGAUCAUAAUAUGGUUAUUUCUCACAUAACAUUUCAGUGUAUUACUGUAUCAUGCUUUUAGCAUUUCCAUGAAAUAUUCUGUUUUAAAAUGAACAGUAUGUAAAAAUUAAUUUUUGCAUGGUGUAUGUUUAUGCUGGAAGGCAUAAUUUGGAAUUUAAAUUUGGUUAAUUUAAAAUCUUGCAUAAAAGCAGUUGUAAAGCAAAAUUGAGGUGCAUUCUUUUGUAACAUUUGUCUUGUGUAUUAUUUCACAUUAUCUUUUUUAGAAACAGGAUGGAUGGAAUUAUUUUAUAAAAUUCUCAGUAUUCACAGGCUUUGUUUUUGGCAAGUCUUCGAAAACAUGAUUUGGAUAUUGUAAAAUAACAGUAAAAAAUACUGUUCUCAUCACAUUUUUCCAUGCGUAUGAGUUGGCAUGGAGUGAAAUUUGUUUUAAUUAACUGAUUAAUUACAGUGUAGGGAGUUUUACAUUGAUAUUUAAAUGAUUUAAAUGAUACCUGUUGUACCUAAAUAUACCUUUCCCAUCAUCUAUAGUUUUAUUCGUAUAAUCCUAGGUAAUUUCUAGCACUGUAUUUUGCUUCAAAGCUGAAUUUAAAGUGGGAAAAACUUGAUCCUUUGAUGUUAUUACCAAGCUGUCUUUGGCCAAGGCUGUGAAAUUCUGUAACAUUGAUUCAAGAACAUUUGAAAGCCAGUGCACAGAGAUGUCCUAAUCUCCUGAACAUUCUAGUGUCCGGCUCAAAUCUGGCUCCAAGAACAGAGUUCUACACAGCUUUUUCCCUGCAUCAAGAAAAUCUUUGUUCCAGUACUUAUCAAGUUUACCCUGGGAACAAUCAGCUUCUGAGUGACAGUCAAGUGGAGCAUCUGUGAACUCCCAGUUAUUCAGGUUUUAGUGUUUUUGUAUGAACAACUUUGUGGCUGGUUCAGUCAAUAUUUUUUCUUGUGAAUUAGCAUAUUUGAAUGUUAUUGCUUAAAAGCAGUAGAUACAAAAAUAAAUACUAGUAUUAGCUUUUCUAAAUAAGUGUGGAAUUGUCACAUGCUACCAUAAUUCUUUCCAUAAAAAGGUAAUAUGAAACAAUCUUAGAUUUCUAACACCACAAUAUUAUGUUUCCUUUUGUAUCAUGAUUUGAAACACUGAGUUUAAAGUCUGUAGGAUUUAGAUUCAUAUGCUAUUAAUAUGUAAUUAAUGUACAUAAAAUAAAGGAACACCCAUUUUCCUAAUUAUUUUGUCAAAAUUCCCCCAUUUUUGUUUGUUUUGAAGACAAAUAAUUUAGGUUUUAUUCUUGACAGAUAUAAUUUUUUUUUUAAAGAUUUUUUAUUUAUUCAUGAGAGAGAGAGAGGCAGAGGGAGAAGCAGGCUCCAUGCAGGGAGCCCGAUGUGGGAUUCAAUCCUGGGACUCCAGGAUUACUACCUGGGUGGAAGGCAGGCGCAAACCGCUAAGCCACCCAGGGAUCCCCCCGACAGAUCUAAUUUUUAAAGAACUUUUGGUUCACCCAUUUGUCAUAAAGCCCAAUUUAUUAUUCCUUGAAUUUUUGGAUUUUUCUAUUUAAAAUACUGAGCUUUCAGUGAAAGAGGUGAAAUAUUUGUUUUUAACCCAACAGUAUCAGGAAUAUUAGGGAAAAAAUAACCGUUUUCAUCAGAAUUGCCAUUUACUAGAAAUAGAAAUUAUCAAGGACAUUAAUGAAAUAUAUUGGAUCUUGUUUCUCAAGUAUUAAUUGAAAUUACAUCUUUAUGUUUUAUUAAAAAACAUACUUGUUGAAUAUUUCAGUAACUUGGUGUUUAUAUGUAAGGUUUAUAGUAAUUGCAAAGUAUUUCUGAAUGAUUAAUGGUCAUUAAUUAAUGUUUGGGGUUUUGUUGAUAAUUACAGCCUAGAUUCUGAAUGAGGAAAAGAUAUAUGUGUGAUUGAAAUGUGUGUGAUUGAAAAAAAAAUGUCUUACGAAUAUGAUGAAAUUAUGUUUAAGCUCUUUUAAGAAAGGUUUGAAAUUUAGUGUCAAAUGGGACUCUCAGAAAUAAAAGGGAUAUAUUAUUUUGCAAAAAUAGAGGAAAUUUCCUGGGGGAGUAUUGGGUAUUUAAAUGUUUUUUUUGUGUGUUGUUACAUUAUAAUAUCCAAUAACAUGUUAAAAUAUGUUCCUGAAAUAAUGAGAGGGUGGUAAUGAUUUGAAAAAUCAGACAUAACAUUUUCAAAAGUAAGUUAGUGAACACCCACAUAUCUAACUCCUAAAUUAAAUACUUGUAAAUAUUUUUCUGUGCUUACUUCCUACAUAGAUAUUUGUAGCCAUGGACUUAACUUGGGGCCAGGGGUGGGGGAAGAGGUGGGAACUACUUCAAAGUAAGGAGCAAGUCCAUCACUGAAAUUGAUGGGUUUGUUUCAUCCUAAACAAAUGAUUAAAUAAAUUGAGAGUAAUUUCGUACUGGACAAGAGUAUUUCCUUUCCUGUACCCUUCAGAGCUAAAUUUUUUAAAAAACAGGAAGCAAUUUUAGUGCGCUCAUUUUACAUAAUUGCUUUUCACUGUUGUGUAAAGUGGAACCACGCAUAGCUUCCCAGUUGAAUGUGGACAAGUAAUUUAUAGAAUCUCACUCUGGAGAAAUAGUGAAGAAUUUAAUUAUUUUUAUAGUAUCUGAUAUUAAAUUGUUUUAAUAGUAUCCGAUUACAAUCUAUGUAUUAUAUAUUAGCUUUUUUUGGUCAAAACCACUGUCUUCUAAGUACAGAAAAAGCAUCUUGAAAUUUUGUUUUCUUGAUUACUGAAAAACAAUAAUUGAAGUUUGAAUCUUUAUAAGACACAACCAGAAUGCGUUACCUUAGGAAUAUUACUGUACUUCUUGUCUUUUUCCAUAUAAUCAUAAUUUAGAUUAUAAAUACCUCCAGGGGUUUCUCUUCGUUUUUUCAUAUAGUUUUCCUUUUCAAUAAAAGAAGCUUAUAUUUUCUAGAUGGAAUAUACUGCAUUUCUUAAUCUAGUCAGAGUUUGUAGUACACAUUUUAAAGAAUUAUUUUUCAAGUAUAUUGUCUUAUUGUUUGAAUCACUCACUGUUAUCUUACCAACUCCUCCCCCCUCUGCAACAGUUACUAGAUAUUUUUGACUGUUUAUAUAAAAAUCUUGUUAGAAUUACUGUUUCUUUCCAAGUUAAUGAAAUGGAUUUUAAAAGAUGGUAUUCUGCUUCUACAUGUACAUAAAAUUUCAGUUCUAUUUAUAAAAUAUAAUCACCCAAAUUUUAUGUAAGGCGCUUCCACCUCAAAGUUAAGACUAAUUAGUGAAGAAUUAAUUAGUGUACUUAGUAGGAAUACAUGAUUUUAUUUUUUUUUUUAUUUUAUUUUUUAGGAAUACAUGAUUUUAAAAUUUUCAACUUAUUUUUUAAAAAAAUAUUGUCAAUAAGUGGUUUUUAUUAAUUAAAAACAAGGUUCCGGCAUUACUUCAAUAGUAAUAUGUGGACUUUACUUGAGUUGUAAUGUAAUGGACCUAGAGUUUCUUAAUGAUCUAUAUAAAUGUGUUCUUGGUAGUGUUGAAGACUUUGGAAUUGGUAUUUGUAUCUAAAAUUUGUUUCUAGCUCUGAAAUGAACAUUUCAGAUAUUUAAGUUAGGAAAUACAUGGAUAUGAGGUAGUGUCAAAACUUAAAGGAGUAGCUGCAAUAAUAUGUUAUAUUUUAUAUUUAUAUCUGUGACUGGAUAUUUUAAGACCUAUUCGUCCUUGUUCCAUCUUAUUUAUGCAGAAUGUCGACCUGCCAGACUUUUGUGAAUGUGAAUGAGAGUUUAGGUAUGUUUUGGGAUUUAAUCAUAUAUAAUCUUAUCACUAUUAACUUUGCCAACUUUGGCCUAUGAGUUAUUUAUAUUUUUAUUUUUGUAUGCUUAUGUGAACAAUUUAUUUUCUGCAAAUUAUUGUUGUAUGCUUUGUCAGAAUAAUUAUAGUUAAUUUUUCUUCAGGCUAUUUUCAGAUUAGAUAACAUUAAAUCUGUAUCAAAUGUAACACAUUGCUUCGAUUUACAAAUGUUGCCUAGUGUUUUUAUGUAAUGAAAAAAGUAAGUGAUCUCACACAUAGUAAUUCUCUUUUAAUUUCUCACCUUUUAAAGUGUUGGAGGCAGUAGUAACUUGCUCAGUGGUUACUUAGUCUUUAAUGCUAAUUUUUUAGAAUUGCUUAGAAUAUUUGCAUGUUCAUGGACUGGGUAGAAUAUUUUUUGAGGGGGAGUAGAAUAUUUUAAACAUUAGGAACUAGCAGUUUAGCAAAGUGAACAUAAAAAUCGGAGUAAUUGCAAAAUGAUACUUUCUCAGUCAUACAGAAUUUCAUGUAUUCUGAGCCAUGUUAUUCAGAAUUGUACUAUAUUCCUUGUACCAGAAUGUAUUGAGGGGUCCUAUUGUUUGCUCUUGUGCCCUUUCCUAAGGCAGAGAGAUACAGUAGUGGAACAACAAAAUCCCUGCUCAAGAUUAAACACCAGCAGCCAUGAACGUCCAUUCAGAUUGGUGGUUCUCAAACUUCAGUGUGCCUUGAGGCUCCUGGAGGGCUCAUUAAAAUAUCUCUGGGCCCCAUCCUACAACUUCUGAUUUCAGCUGGUCUCAGAUGUGGCUGAGUAAUGUACAUUUCUAACAAGUUCCCUGAUGAUCUGACAUUGGGCUUGGGGACUCCUCUUUGAGAAUUUCUGUUCUAAAAUAUUAAAAGAAUCACAGUAAUAUUUUGGUUGGUUGAUUUUUGGUGGUGGCAGAGGUGACUGUCCUGGUACAUUAUAUGCUGCUUAGGAUCCCUGGCCAAUCAUUGAAACCAUUCAAAAAACUUCCAGCUACUGCCAGUUGAUAAGUACUGCAAAAAGUCCAUUAUUUUUAAGUAGGCACUCUCACGGCUAUUAAGUACUAAAUCUUUUGCAUAAUAUGUAAUUAUUACCUUCAUUUGAACUAGGAUUUCAUUUUUGUGUCACAAGCCUAGUUAUUUCAAGUGAAUAUAGAAAAGUACAAUUGGAAAAUUUUAUAAAACUUUUUCACUUAACUGAUUUGCAACUGCUUACACCAGCAUGAGAAAUGAAACAGUGUGAUAAUGUUUUAGUAUCAGUAUAUUUGAAGAUGCUUGGGACACCUGGCUGGCUGUAGGACUAUUGCUGGACCUUGGGAUUGUGAGUUUGAGCCCCACGCUGGGUGUUGUGGAUAUUUAAGAAAAAAAAAAAAAUCUUAAAAAAAUCUUGAAGAUGCAUAUGCCUGACAGGUGAAGGUUUUAGAAAACUUAGUCUUUGCUUACUAUGUUGAUAAAUAUGAAUACAGUGACACCAUUUUGGUGGAUUAAAAUGAUGGCUCAACCUUUCUCUUGUGAACUGGUCUUUAGCUAUUCUAGAUUGAAGAUAAAGAUUUGAUAAAUGCAUAUUCUAAAGACCAUGAGUAUAUUUAUUAAAUUGUAGUUUCCUUUUGGUUUUAAACUUCCAUUUGCAUUAGUCAUUUUAGAAAGUAAUGCCGUCAAGGAGUUCAAUAAAUGGAAAUUGUUGAGUAAUUUUAUGGUAAAAAGUUAGAGCCUGGCUUGUGAGACUUUACAAAGAUUAACAUACAUAUAUAUGAUUCAAAGUCUAUUCAGAAUUAUGCAGUACAUUAAAACAAUUAAAUUGGGCCAUAAUGAGAGGACAUAGUAUAUUGAUUAUGGUUCUUUUCAAAAGUUUUUGACUAUGUUGGUGCAAAGAAACAAUCACCUGGUUUGUAGCCUUCUGAAUAUCUUAGGUAGUUUCUAGAACAUUGUGGUGUAUGUCUUCUAAGAGUAUCUGUGUAUAGGAAAGGAGGUAGACUUUUUUUUUUCCCUAAGAUUUUAUUUGAGAGAGAGGGGAGAGAGUGUGCACAGAGAGACAAAGGGAGAAGCAGACUCCCUGCUGAGCAGGGAGCCUGGUGCAGGGCUCAAAUUUAGGACCCUAGGAGUCAUGAUCUGAGCUGAAGUUAGAUGCUUACUGGACUAAACCACCCAGGCAGACUUGUUUAUAAUAGUAAUUUAGAUAUCACCUAGAUGCCUGUCUUCUCUUGCUUCCCAAAGAUUACACUAGCAUAAUGUAAUUUAUGCUAGUUUUGCCAGGAAAUCACACUGACCAGCAUUUUGUGUAUUUUGUGGACUAGAAAUGGGUUUGACUCUGAGAGGUUACAUAUCUGUCAACAAGGAAGUCAAUUCAUCUACCCUUUUAUCUUUUAACUUUGCACCAACCUACCCCUCCCUCAUUUUUUCUUAAGUCAGAUUCCUUACUCUGUGGAAACCCAGGACUUAAGAGACUACUAGAUUUCUUCCCCAAGGUGGCUUAUUAACUCUUUUCCAACUGAGGAAUUUUCAUGCAGUCUAAUGAGAGUAAAACGUCGUUUCAUCUAUUUAAAAUUACGUGACUAGAUUUAUUACACAUUUAUUUUUCCUGUUCAGUAAUUUAUUACUAAUUUUCUUGAAGAAAUGAUUAACUUCUGUACUUGGACACUACAAGUGAAUUACAGUUCUACAAAAAUCAGUGCUUAACUUUAUUUUUUUAGGUACACAAAUUCAGAAAAAAGAUAAAAUUUGAAAAAGGAAGCUCUUAAACUAUACAUUACUGAAGUUUUCUGGCUCAGAUUAUGGUUUCCCUAUAUAGUAGUGUCCCCUUAUCUGAAGAGGAAAAUUCUAAGACACAUCCCACCCCAUAGAUGUCUAAAGGUGCAGAUAGUACCAAACCAUACAUAUACCUUUUUCCCCCAUUUCCAUGCAUGUCUGCGAUAAAGUUUAAUUUAUAAAUUAGGCACAGUAGUAUUAAUAGAUUAACAAUAAUGACUAAUGAAAAAUACAAUAAUUAUAACUGUAUACUGUAAUAAAAGUUAUGUGAACUUGGCCUCUGUCUCAGAAUAUUGUACGCAUUGCCUGUGAGGUGAUAAAAUGCCUAUGUAAUGAGAUGGAGUGAGGUGAGUGUUAAAGGCAUUGUGAUAUAGCAGUAAGCUACUACUGACCUUCUGACCAUCUGUCAGGAGUGUCGUCUGCUUCCAGAUUAUGGGUAACAAACUGGGAAAGCACAACCGCAUAUAAAGAGGACUUUUAUAUAAUCCCUGCACACCUGACCCCAUAUUUAACAGCUGCUGUCAUCCUACUAGGCAGGCAUAAAAACUUUAGAUUUGUAUUUGAUCUGUUGCUACUAUUUAGAAUUAUGCAUGAUGAUUAAUUAGGAAAAUUCAAAAAACCUUAUUUUUUUGUUUCUUUAUAUUAUGGUACAUUGACUUUUAUCUGGAGCCAGUAAAUCUUUUAAAAUAUUAGAGGAGAUCAGAAGGUUUUGGAAAAUGGCAUGCUCCAAAUUUUAGGGAUAGGAAGUAUAUAAAAAAAACAAGUGUUCAGAUUGUUAAUUUCUGCCUUGCCUAGAUCGUAUGUUCAUAUUUUUAGGGGAGUAAAUUUUAUGUCCCGGUAUUCAUGCUACAAUGUUAGAGCUGAGGUAAACUAAGAUGUAGUUAGGUUCAUAUUAUGAUCUUUGAGAUCUCUUAGUGGAUGAGAGCAAUCUCUAGGUUAAUUGAAAUUAUAGAUCUUAAAAUUUGAAUUAGUUUGCAGCUACUUGAACCAAGCUACUGUCACAAGCAAUUUCUAGUCUCUUUUAUAGAUCACAUAAGUAUGAUGUACAUGUUAAAUAAUUUAGCAAAGUGUUCAAUGCUGGUUUUCUGCAGUUGCUAUAUUGACCGUUUCUUGCAGUUUGGGCACUGCAGAUUAGCUGUGCACAGAGUAGAACAACCCUCCGUUCCUAUGGCACUAGUGUUCCAGACCUAGAAGAACAAAUAAGAGUCGAAAUAAUUUAUAAGGUAAAAAGGGUAGAAAAAAUGACAGCUUCUGUUUUAGAUAAGAGGACUGGAAAAUGCUUAUCUCAGGAGACAGGGGGACAACAUUGUUUAAUUUAGUCUGCGCUGAUAAAAGACAACAUGUAAUAGAUGAAGUGGAAGUCCUAAGUCUGUUGGAGCUGUGCUGUUCAGUGUGGUGGCCAUGUGUGAACUGUUGACUCUUUGGAAUGGGACUAGUGAGAUUAAGACUUUUAAUUUUAUUGUAAUUAAGUUGGAUAUAGCAAUACAGUGUGUUUAGCAUAUUUGGAACAACUUGGGUAUGCAAAUUUCCUUUUGCAUCUUAAAUAUAAUGAAAUCUAAAUACACAUAAAUAUUGGAGAGAAUUUACCACUGACUUAGAUGUGUAAAGUACAGAAUUGCAGACUUGGUAUGAAGAAAUGAAUGUAAACUAUCUCAGUGUUUAAUAUGUUUGUUGAAAUAUAUUUUGGAUAUAUUGGGUUAAAUAAAAUAUAUUAUUUAGCUAAUUUCAUCUCUCGCUUUUUUUCUCUUUAAUGUACUUAGAAAUUUAAAAUUUCUUACAUUGCCUUAUUUUUCUUCCAGAUAGUGCUGGUUUAUAAUAGUAACUUUGUCAAAUUUUUCUUUUCCUUAUGUGAAUGUAA